AUGAGCCAAACCAAGAACACCGCCCCGGCGUCGGUGCAGGAGAUCUGGGAGAACACCAUCGCCAGAUUCCACCAACGCACGGGACAGCAACUCAAUGGCGUGUCAAGAACUACAGAAGACCUUCGAAGGGCACUUGCUGCCCAUUAUGCUGCGCAGGUAGAUGAUGAAGAUAUUUCAAGAGCGAAGGAAACCGGGUUCAAAAUAAUCCGUUGUAUCCAGUUGCUAGGCGGCAUUGCCGCUGAGGGCGCGUCCUUGGUUUUCGGUCCUGCGGGGCUCUGUUUCAAUGCUUUAUCUUUCCUUCUGGACAUUCCGAAAACGGUCCACGAGUUUCACGGGGAGAUCAACGCGAUCUUUGCGGAAGUUGGUCCCGCGCUCGCCCAGUUUCGCAUUUACCAGCGGAUGGAGGAAACUAUGUCCGUUGAUGAGGCCCUGCGAGCAUCCAUCGACCAGGUGAUGACGAGCUUCGUCGAUAUAUGCGCGAAUUGCAUCAAUAUCCAUCGCGAGGGCCGCUGGAGAAGCUUCAAGCGGAGCGCUAAGCGGAUCCUUCUGGAUGAGGGAUCGGUCCGAGACGAGCUCGAUAACUUUAAGAAGUUGACGCAGAAUCAAUUGAAUGUGCAGGCCACCCUAACUCUUGAGGUGGCGCUGGAAACCAACCAGGGCGUGGCGUUUAUCAAGUCCUCCGUGACCGAGAUUGACACGACCGCGAAAGGAAUCAAGACAGACGUGAGCGGGUUAGUCGAGGCAGAGCAUAAGCGGGGAUUGAAUGAUGCUCGAAAGAAGAGCCUGAAGACUAUUAGAGAGAACUUGGCGCAGAAGGAGGAAGAGACCGCUAAUGUUAUUGAUGCUCGCGAAAAGAUGUGGAAGAAUUCCGUCAAGGGAAGCGGGAAAUGGUUGAAUAAUAUCGACGAAUAUAAGCAGUGGCUCGACAGAAGCAGCACUUCGAAUUCCCUCCUGGUUCUGACCGGAGGCCCAGGAACAGGUAAGUCAUUCCUGGUUUCUGCAAUUGCUCAGGACGUCAAGUCCCGCAAUUCGGCCACGAAAGCCGAGAGGGGUCUGUUGGGGUACUAUUCUUUUUCUAUCUCCAACAAGGCGGAUAGCGACCGAAAUCGUCCAGAGACGGCUAUCAAGUCCAUCUGUACGCAGAUGGCGGAGCAAGAUGCUGUCUAUGCACGACAUGUGGCUGGUGUCUGUGAAGAAUCUGGAAAAGACAAGAACUACUUUAAAGACGCUACCUGCCAGACGCUGUGGACGGCAUUAGGCCUUGGGUCUCCAGUGAGGAAUGCGAUGCAUUACAUUCUGUUAGACUCCGUAAAUAUCCUCAGUGAAGAAGAGCUUAAGCGGCUCUUCGAGAUGAUUGAGAAACGUCCAGCUCUCUCGGAUGAAGACAAAUCCAAUCCAGUCCGUAUCCUCAUCAGCUGCGAGCGCUCGGUUUUGCAGGAUGAAUGGCUUAAUUCGGUGUCCGCAAUGUGUAUUGACAUCACUCGGUAUAAUGCCGAGGAUAUCAGCACAUUCAUCGUCGAGGACCUGAAAAGGGCUGAUCUAUUUCAGGGACAUGACCAGGACUCGCAGCGGCGCAGAAAGAUGGUAGGGGACCGCCUGCUGAAGCGGUCCAACAAAUGCUACACAACCGUGCAGCAGGAUCUGGGCAAGAUAAAGGCGAUUGUUGCAUCAAGCGGCACAGAAGAGGAGCUCAACCGGGUCCUCCAGGAAUCCAGCACAGACCCAAAGGCUGUGGUGCGUUCGGAACUUGAAACAUUAGAAUCAGUGCUCAAUCCAAGGGAGAUCGAAGAGGUUAACGAGUUGUUGAUUUGGGUUAUCGCUGGGAAUGUUUAUCUUAGUAUCGACGAGCUGGCGUCCGCUCUCUAUUUGCGCUUCAAAACCGUUUCUCUCCAACCACUUGCACAAAAGAUAGCCGGAAAGUACUCAAAGAUCUUUGAUUUAUCCUACGGGGGAAACACAGUCAUACUCAGGGACCAUGUCGAGGAAUACGUCGUCGCUGAACGAGUCCGUCCAAGGCAGUCAGUUGACGAUCCCAAGAUCUCUGCAACCAUCACAAUUACCAACGGAGAUAGAAAGGCAGUGCAGCGUUUCUUCUGGGACUUGACUCAUCAUUCUUCCUUUGCCAACGGCUUUGAAUUCCGGCCUGAGUCGGACCUUUCCCAGGUGCCUAACAGGAAAUUCCAGGUGUACAUGGUUGAUGCCCACUUUGAAAUUGUGAAAAGGGCAUUUGAAUACUUCCUGUUGCCCCAGGGCGAGGAGAAAGAAGGGGGAAGGCUUAUCGGGAUGUACAUGUUGAGCAGUAUCCCAGGCCAUCUCGAAGCGUUAUACAAUGCCCAGGGGCUGGAUGAACUUCCAGUGGCGGACAAGCAGUACAUUGGCUCCCGCGUCUAUGACAUGUUCAACGAGUGUGAUUUGAUUGAGAGGAAUUGGGACUUGUGCAAAUGGACUAACUGGUAUAGCAUGGAUCACGAGAUGGAAAUUUUCUGGAAAUGGUUGGAUAAUCCAGUAGCAAUUGCACGGCUGGGAGCACGAGAUAAAAGGUGGCUAAGCGAAAUCAGGAAGGAUAAAUACCCUAACCGGAGUCUUCUAACUCCGAUUAUGACGAUGGUAGCCCGGAACUGGCUGCAGAAGACAGAAUGGAAUGUGCAAACGCCGUUUGAAUGGCUCAGUGGGUUUCUUAGCUUGGGGGCCAAUUCUGCCUUAAAGCAAGACGAUGUGGCUGCUGAAGAAGCUGGGACAAAGACGCAACCAGUGGAGAAGACUGGGGAAGACGAUGAAAUAAUGAUUAGUCAAACUGACUCCGAAGUGGAAAAAGUGGUCCAGGCCGAAAACUGGGCAAAGAAAGCUCUGGGUAUAUCAGAGGUCGAUUGCACCUGGUGCAUCCGUUUGGGCGAGACCUAUAAGGCUUUGUGGGAAAGGGAGGCUGCCAUGGAGCAGUAUAAGAAGGCAGUUGUCAUUCUCCAAAACCAGGAUGCCGUGGACAAGGAACGACUUGCUAGCAUUUUCCAGGCUCUUGGAGAGCUGGAGGACAGUGUGGAUAACCUAGAAAGCGCGAUUUCAUACUACAAGCAAGCAUACGAACAAAAUGGUCCCAACAAAGAUAUUCUUCACGCUCUUGCCAGCGACUAUGCGCUAACCGGGUUGAAGGAGGAGGCGGUUUCUAUCGUCCAGCAGGCUGUUACAGAAAAAACUCCAGGCACAGAGUCUUCAUUGUUGAUAGCCAUGUUGCAAACGGUAGUUCGCAAGGAUUGGGCGCACCUGGAGCCACUUUUUACCGCGAUUCAUUGGCUCAUCGUAUCCUCUCCUGAAUAUUGGACAGUCAUUUUGCAAGAGCUCGAGAUGGCAAUCGAACAGAACCGCGCGGAAAACAAAGGUGAAGAUGUCGCAUCUCUCCAACUCAUGCUGGGAAACGCAAUGUACUUUCUCCGUCAGAAUUUCCCAGAAGAUCUAGUCAAGGCUGUGGACUACUGGCAUGCCGGUUUGGCAAUACUUCACGAGGAAAUUGGGCUUGAAGGUCGGUGGGACCUUGACUUCAUGAAGCAGCAGACGCUCACCUUACUCGGGAGGCGUCGUGUCGAACAGGCUCUCCAAGAGGAGCAGCCUGAUUAUCAAUGCUAUACGAGCGAAUUGCAAGAAUUGUACGAAACUGGCGAGGCAUACCCAAGCGUCAAACUUGUGCUGGCGUCCUUAUACACGCUCAGUGGGCAACGGCUCAAAGCACAAGAAAUCCUGCGCUCAGAAAUGGUCACCGCAUUUAACAUUCUUGUCGACGAUGACGAUGGAAAUGACUGGGAGGGCUUUUCUGCCAUCCGUAACUCCCUCAUGCAUACUGAAGACUUCGAAAAUGCGCGCAAAGCAUGCCUGCUGCUUCCAGAACGGAAGUUCGAUUUGGGUGUGCUGAAGGCGCUCUUGGAAAACGAAGACCCUUCCCUUGAGGCAGCCAGCACGCAUUUGGUUGAGUUCUACGAGAAGGAAUGUCAAUCCGACCAAACAGCUAUGGACCGAUUCAACAAGGUCGCUGAAGAAACCGAAAGGCUUCGAGCGGCCGCGGAACCCAACAGCACCGAAGCUGCCCUGUGGACUGGAGUCUCCAGAAUCCUCGAGGGGUUUCACAAGCUUGACGACCUUCCCUUCCCCUGCAAAGCGUGCUGGAAACGCGGUGUCGGCCUCAACUUUUGCAAAUAUUGCGACAGAAUCGACCUCUGCGAUGCGUGCUUGGCUGACCUGCAAGCUGGAAAAGCGAGCAAGCCGUUUGUUUGCAGCAAGCUGCAUGACUGGAUCCGGUUCGAGUCGUGGACUCUAGAAAACUAUGUCCUUGCCUGGAAGAGAUUGGUUCCUGUAACUGCUGCGGAUGGAAGCCAGCAACUGAUCAGCGCUUCGAAAUGGUUGGGGAAUCUGUGUGAUGAUUGGAAGCUGGAUAAGUCGGAAUGGGGCUUCGAGUAA